ACAGCAAAUCAAUUAAAUCAGUUAUCAGCCCGUAGAAAGGCGAAGGCAGAAAGAGAAAUCAGCAGACAGAAAUUAUUGGAACAAAUAAAGUUACAGAAAACGGUACAAGUUACGCGUGAUCGCGAACGUCUAAUCCAGUUGACAAAAGGUUGGGAAAUACGUUUAUCCCAACCGAAAACAGAGACUGUCAUUAAUCAAGGCUUGAAUUUAAGUUUACCAUCGGGUAGAAUGAUACCGGAAUGGAGAAGGAAUAUCUAAACAAUAAUCACGUCAUCCUUUUUAAGAUGUCCACCGAUUUAAUUUGUAAUAUAUUUUAUAUUUCUUGAACAGCUUUAAA